AUGCGGUAUUCUGGUUUAAUAACUUCCAAUGAGAGCCGUUCUUCGGUUCCAGAAGCAAAAUAUAUAGACAACAUUGAGAAAUUUGUCGCUGAUAAGAAUCCUGCCGAACUCACUGAGAUCGCAAAAGAGCUACUUUCUAAGUAUCGCUUCAUGGAAAAAUCCACUAAUUCCAAAUUGCUGGUAAUUAGUGAGAAGAUUCCUGAACUUAAGGACGCCCUGGCUACACUCGAGAUGCUGUUGAAAAAGAAGGAAUCCGGUGAUAAAUCGAGUCUUUCUACAUAUUUUAAAAUUUCUGACACUUUAUAUUCCGAAGCGAAUGUUCCAUACACAGAAUCAGCCUUCCUAUGGCUCGGGGCCAACACAAUGGUUGAAUAUCCACUUGAAGAUGCUAUUAAGCUACUUACUGAGCAGCACAAUGGGAUUGAAGUAUUGAUUCAAGAAAUGAAUACUGAAUUGGAUUGGAUAAAGAAGCAAAUAACAUGUACUGAGAUAAACGUUGCAAGGCUACAUAACUUCACGGUGAUGAAGAAUUCCGAAAAUAAGCCUAACACUACGACUGUAACAUAA